UAAACCCCAAACAUAACCAAGCAAUGGCAGAAACCGAAACCCAAAACGAACCCACAUUACCCACAAAACGCAAGCUCGAUGACGACCCAAUUCCUGAAAACGAUCAAGAGCAAGAUUAUCACUCCGACAAAUCGCAAAAAAUCGGUUCACUCUCCAACAAAUCACCAAUCGUCCAAGAGAAACUCACUGAGAACUCGCAAGCUCUAGAACAUUCAAUCGAUAGCCAAAACGACAUCGUACAAGAAGGAGAAGAUGAAGAUGACAAUCACUCCAACAAAUCGCCAAAAAUCGAUUCACUCGCCAACAAUUCACCAAUCCGCGAGAAACUCGCUGAGAACUCGCAAGCUCUAGAACCUUCAAUCGAUAACCAAAACGAAACCGUACAAGAAGGAGAAGAUGAAGAUGAAGGUGAAGAUGGUGAGGAAGAAGAUGGUGAUUAUGAGGAUGAAGAAGAGAACAGGGAGGAAGCGGUGGUGGACAGGAAAGGAAAAGGGAUAUUGAUUGAAGAAGGAGACGACGACGACGACGACGACGAGGACGGGAGUGAAUCAGAGGGUGGCGAUGAUAGUGAGGAGGCAGAGGAGGAUGAUCCAUUGGCUGAAGUUGAUUUGGAUAACAUUUUGCCAUCGAGGACGCGAAGAAAAGUUGUGCAUCCUGGAGUUUAUAUUGCUGCUGCUGCUGCUGAUGAUGAUGAUGACAGUGAUGCGUGAUUUUAAAGCAAGAGGAAAUAGAGUUAGGGUACGUUGGUGAUGUUAUCCUAGGAAUGUUUGUCUUCAAAACCUAGUAGUAAUGUUGAAGACGUAUGAAGAAGAGAUGCCAGGAGAGUUGCGCUAGUAUGUUGUUUUUUAAUGAGCAAUGUGGAGGAAAAAGAUGAAAUGAGUUUUUAAGUUGUAACAAUAGUGAUGCUCCAGUAGGACCUUUUCGUUCUAGAGUUGGUAGGAAAAGAUACCUGAGUGAUUGAGGUGUGUUGGAGAAAAACAAACAUGCAGGUUAGCAACAACAUGACGGUGUAAUAGUUGCCCUUAACUGGGCCGUGAUAGCCAUGUAUAAUCAAUGUUCCCAUUGAGUCUAAUUUGCAUGUUUGAUAUAGGGAAAAAAAUCCAUGAAUUCAUGAUCUAGGAAAAUGAUUAAUGAACUUUGAUUUCUGUCCUGAUGGGAAUUUUUUUGCAUUAGAAAGAAUAUUACUAAAUGUUGCCCAUCAUCAACGCAUGCUUCUGCCUUUCACAA